UGUAAGUGAUAAAGAAUGGAUGGAAAGCGACCAACGCAAGGGCAAUGAUGGUGGACCACAUUAGAUUAUUUGCAGAGCAAAGAAGGGGUGGACAGCGGCAACCGCUCGCAUUUACUAGGCGGCUAGGGAAGAACCAAAGCAAGGGCAAUGGUGGUAGAUCACAUUACGGAGUAAAGAGGAACAUUCAAGGGCAAACAGGGCGGUCUCCAUAAUUGAGUAUCGAGACACUAACUGGAAAAUCUUCGCCUCUUGGGCGGCCAAGGGCAAGAUAUAGGUAGCGGUUACGGGGAGGACCGCUCAACUAUCAUUGGCAAAGUAGGAAGCCGCCAAAACCCGUAGCUUUUCAAGACUAAAGGGCAAUUGUUGAGCCCAUAGUUGAGUUGGUGUUGGGCUUAGGGCCCAAAAGGAGCCAGCCAGGCAAGGCCCGAAGGAAGGACCCAGGCGAGGCCCAGCGGAAGGUCCAAUGAAGGAGCGGGUAUAGGGAAAAGAGAAUGGUAGGCGUCCACUCUAGGAUGGGACAAGGAGUAGGCCGUCUGACAUAAAGUACUGUUGGUGGCAGGAAGAGAAGAUCUUCCUAGGAUACUCACCUCGAACACUGCAAGACUGAGCAUUAAUUGCCCGUCGUAGGCAGUCUAGAUAAAGUAGGGUGUCUAGGGCGUCUGACAUGAUAUUUAAUGCCCCAAACCCAACCUAACUCACUAUAAAUACCUUCAUGUCCGCAUUGAUGGUAACUCAACUACUUCCUCUCUCUUAACAUAACAUAAAUUCUCUCUUCUCUCUCUAACUUAAGCAUUGGAGAGUGUCCUCGGUGACCGCCCACGGACCCUUGUUUUGCAGGGAUCUGGAGUACACCCACCCUCUGGAACAAGCGCCUUGCUCGUUCUUCAUAAACUGCCUAGGACAUUCUAGGCUUAAACAGUUAGCACGAAUAAGUUUCUAGUAUUUUUUUUUUUUUGUCCAAUUUGUCUCAUCCUUGAAUUGUAGUACUAAUCACAUCAUUAUCAAUCAAGAUUAUGCUAUCUUUAGAAUAAAUUGCAUAUUAAGUUAGGAAUAUACACAUGACUACAUACAAUACACUUAUUAUUAUUAUAAGAAAACCAUUCAAUCUUUCGUUGCACAGUUUUGAGGUGAUAGCACAAGCGGUAGCAAAAGAGAAAGCAAAGCCAUGACUGAUGACCGAUGAGAGCACGCAUAGCUAGGCGCUGGUGAAGAGAAAAGUUAUUUCGAUGCAAGACGCCGGACUCCUUUUAGUACAAAGCUCAGAAGAAAAAAGUAAAGAAAGAAGAUAAAUUUCUGAUGAAGAAAUUGCUGAUUCCUUGAACAGUGGCAGACAGCAGGAAGAGAAUCUAGCUAGUGACUGUAUCAUUAAACACCCACAGCAAAGCACAGUCAGAAUCCCUCGUACGUCAUUACCUCCCUUCAUCAUUACAGUUUCAGUUUUGGACAGAUAAUAAUAAUCGCCAACCCAUUCGUCAGCUUAAGAAAUCCCCAAAACCUAAAUAGGGAAAGCAAAGAAAAAGCUCAGAAAACAGAGGAGAAGAGAGAAGAGGCAGAGAAAGAGAGAGUAAAAGCUUCGGAAUAGGAAGGAAGGUUCGCUCAAAAAUGAUGAUGGUGAGGAACAAGGUCUUCCCUCUGCUUGUCUACUUGCAAUGUGUCUUCUUUCUCGGGGAUUUCCACCUGGCCACGACGGUGGAGACAGCGGAGAGGGUGGAGGCGGUGAACCCAGUGACGACGGCGCAGUACUCACCGCCGGAAGGAAACACGACGUUUCUCGACGGGACGACAUGGUGCGUGGCGUCAGCAGGGGCAUCGCAAAUCGAUCUGCAGAACGCGCUGGACUGGGCUUGCGGGCUGGGAAUGGCGGAAUGCAAGGAGAUUCAGAAAGAAGGACCUUGCUUUGAGCCUAACAAUCUUCUCUCCCACGCAUCCUUCGCAUUCAACAGCUAUUACCAGCAGAAUGGCAACUCCGACAUCGCCUGCAACUUCGGCGGCACCGCCUCCCUCACCAAACACGACCCAAGUUAUGGGAAAUGCUCGUAUGCUUCAGCUGGGUCUGUUGGUUCUGGAGCGAAUGCUCUGUUGAGACGAGAACUGGGUAUAUGGUGGAAGUUUGCUGGGAUUGUGCUGCUUCUGUACUGGGGAAGCUGACCGUGAGUUGGUUUUGGAGCUAAGUUAUUGGAGUUUAUCGAAGGAGAAGGAUUAGGAACUCAGGAUGUUAUUAGAUUAAUCUGUGUCUCUUGUUUCACAGCCCUGUCUGAAUGUUUUCUGUAAAGUGAACUGGGGUGGCCAAAAGGAAUGAUUCCUAUCUUGGAGUCCAGGUUAGGAUUUGGAAUGUGUAAUCUUCUGUUUGAGAGACCAAAUCCACAAGUCGUUUUGUCUCUCCACGAGUUAACAUAUCAUACUCUAGAAAAAAGCAAAAUGUCCACCUCUGCGGUGGGACUAUUUAUUUGCUUCGCAAUUCAUUUGCCACAUAAUUACUUUUUUAUUUAUUCAUCACUAACUCUAUGAAUCAUUUCACCAUUAGUCACAGGCUGUUACACUCCGUUAAAUUUGUUAUACGUGACAGUCAACUAUAAAGUUUGACCGUUAACUACAUGAAGUAAAAAUUAAAAAAAAUUUAAAAAUAAAUUUAUUUGUCUAGCUCAUGAUUCCACUUACUUUGUGUAUAUGAUUUAUCAUAUUACUUAUUUAAUAAAAAUUAAUUAAAUUAUAAAAAUAAAUAAUAUGAUAAUGC